UGCUCAUUCUUUACUACUUAGCACAUCACUUACGACUAUUCAAGACAAAUUCCAACAAUAUUUCACACUUACUUUUCCAAGACACCCUUAACAUGUCUUCCUCUCCCGCUACCAUCUCCCUACAAGGGAGCAAGAUCAUCCUCGAGGAACACACCUCCCGUUCCUCCACCGCCUACGCCUGGUCGCAGAGGAAGAAAUGGAUACUCCUCACUAUGGUCGCAUUCUGCCAGGUCAGCAUGAACUUCAAUGCUGCCGUCUACUCCAACGCCGUCGAAGGCAUCAACACCACCUUUGGCAUAUCCAAUGCCCGUUUAGGCAUGGUCGCUUUUCUUAUCCCAUACGCCAUUGGGUGUGAACUCUGGGCUCCGUGGUCUGAAGAAUUUGGAAGGUGGCCAAUCAUGCAGGCAAGCCUUAGCCUCACGAAUAUCUCGAUACUGCUGUGCGCUCUUGCAAAGAAUUUUGGCUUGGUUAUCGGUGGCAGAGUAAUGGGUGGACUAAGCUCGGCGGGUGGAAGUGUGACUAUGGGAAUGGUAGCUGAUAUGUUUUCUCCUGAAGACCAGCAAUAUGCCGUACUGUGGGCUUCCCUCUUCAGCUGUCUUGGUGCCGUAUUUGGCGGUAUCGGCGGCGGUCCCAUCCAACAGUACCUCCCCUGGCGCUGGAACUUCUGGAUCCAACUCAUCUUCGGCGUUGCUACCCAAGUGCUUCACCUGGCUGUGGCAAAAGAGUCCCGUGCAACGAUUCUGCUUGACCUCGAAGCAAAAAGACAGCGUAAACUAGGCGCCUCAAAUGUUUACGGUCCGGACGAAGUCAGAUCCUGGAAGGAACGCCUGCACCCAAGGGAGAUUAUGACAACCAUAUGCCGGCCAUUCCAGAUGCUCUUGUUUGAGCCUAUCGUCUUGUUUCUCUCCUUGUUGAGCGGAUUUGCAGAUGCGCUUAUCUUCAGCUUCUUUGAAAGCUACGCAUAUGUAUUUCAGCAAUGGAGCUUCACGCCGACACAUAUAUCCCUUGCACUUGUCGCGCUGGCCGCUUCAUAUGUUAUUGGAUACUUCACCUUCUUCCCGGUCAUCGCCCGCCACAACGCACGCCGCAGCAAAGGCGAGCAGCUUAGUCCCGAGGCCCGCCUAAAGCCGCUUCUCUUCCAUGUCGUCCUCUUGCCAGUCGGGCUCCUCAUCUGCGCAUUCGUGGCUACAGGUCCGCCUCUCCACUGGGCCGGUGUCAUCAUUGCAUCCGUUAUUAUUGGUAUCGCGAAUUUUGCGAUUUACUACACCACAAUCGAUUAUAUGGUCGCCGCGUACGGACCCUACAGCGCCUCCGCAACAGGCGGCAAUGGCUUCAUGCGCGACUUUCUCGCCGGCUUGUGCGCUCUCUACACGGGCCCGUUGUACCACAGGUUGGGCAUCCGCAAUGCUUAUCUCGUCCUGUUUGGUCUUGCGGUCCUGUUCUGCAUCCCUGUCUACGUCUUCUACUUUCAGGGAGCUAGGAUUCGUGCACGCAGUAAAUUUGCCAGCGAGUUGGCGAGCAAGAAGGAGGAGCAGUCUGGCGGGAAUGACGGGAUCGAGAUGGGGGACGGGGUACUGGCUAUUUCUACGCUUCAGGAAGUUUAAGGCUAUGGGAAUCGACUAUACAUGGGUGAUUUAUGUUGUAUUUGCCUAUAGUAUAUAAGUGAAUAUUAUAAAGACAUGGAAUAGUAACUUG